GUCUGUUGUCAAAACUAAACUGACAUUAAAGAAAUUUAAAGCAGCUGCGGCAACUAAAAGUUGAUACAAUUUUUUUUAAUAUUGGAUGCAAAAUUAAUAUUUUGUGUAUAUAAUAUUCAUACAAUAAUUAGUGAUGAAACGUUAAAUAUCAGCAUAUACAAUAUAAUAUUUCAUUGGUUUUGUAAAUAGUAUAAACUUCUUUAAGCUGUUUGCUGAUGACGUAGUUUACCUAGGAUGUACGUCUGGUGAAGGCAACAAAAAAAGGAAAAACAAACGCAAAGGAAUGUUUUAUACAAGCACUUUGAUAGCAAAUAAAUUAACCAAUUAGUUCAAAUACAUCACAUUUAAAUCCUAAACAUACUAACAGGAUUUGAUUCUUUGCUUUUUUUUUAUUUACUACAGUGAAGUAAAGUAAAAAGCUAAUUGCCUGCAUAAUUACUAAGAAAUAAAUAGUAAAAAGUUAAUUUAAAGUACUUUUAUAUUCUGCGCGCGUCUAACUACCACAACUCACUUCUGUAACGGUCAAUAUAAAAUGCUGCCGCGUACAGCUGAAAUUGUGCGUGUGCUGCGAGUGCGACAGCAUUUCUUUGGGCGAAAAAGCUUGCAUGCCUUAAGUAAUGUUGUGUCCAUUGAAAGGCUGAAUCAACACUUGUCGUCUAAUGAUGCAUUUAGACUUACAUACAGCAGAAUUUCAAAUAAAUUAUCAAAUGCUCAUCACCUGCGUUGCGCCUAUUCCUCCAAGAAGAUCGAGGCUGCUGCUGUUACCAGUGCAUCCAGUUCGUCCGCCAGCAUUGGCAAUGAGGCGACCUCAAAAGUUAAAACUACCAAAAAAUCCGCUACAGAACCUAAGCAAAUUAUGAAAUCCGCCACAACCACCAGUGCAUCAGUGACGGACGACGCUGUGCUAUCCAGUGAAACUAAAACGAUGGAGGUUAAAACCAAAAAAGGCAUACUCUCCAUCACUGCCACUAUAGAAGGCUCGAAAAUAAAUGAUAUAGUUUUCGAGAAAACGAAACCACCUGUUGUGCCAGAGACAGCAAUACCACCAGCGAAAUUACCUGUUAAUGAUGUGCUAAAAGAGACAGCGCAAGCAGCCGCUGCACAACUACAGACAUCACCCACAAUCGACGCAGCGGCGACAGCAGCGACAAUGGCUGCUGCCACGGCCAAUGCGAAGGCGGCCAUUGCAAAAGCAACACAACCAAAAGUCGUUACGACCAUAACAACGGAUGCUGGCGUAGCGCCAGUAACAACAGCGGAUGUGCAACAAACAAAGCAAGCAACGCCGUCAGCUGUCGAGCUAGUUGUGCAGAAGCCGAAGCGCGUUUUGGUGGACUUCAAUCGUUCCUCCUUGGAGCGCAAUUUCAUAACACCCGCACGCGCUAUGAGCGACUUUCUGCUGAAAGCCUCAGAUUUAGAGUGUCUGUCUAAGAUAAAACGUCGCUCGCCAUACGAACAAGAGCCACCUAUAACGGUGUAUUGGCGUAAGGAUGUCGAAGCGAAGGCGAUCGGUGUGUGGGGCUCACGUGAGAGUUUGCUUAAAGAACAGCUGAAGCGCGAAGUUGAACGCAAAAAGCAUCAACAAAAUCUCUUCACAGUGAAGCGCCGUUUGCGCGAUUAUCGACGUGAAAUUGGCGCACGUACAGUGGUGGUUGACUCGGAACCCGGUUUGACUGGCAAAUCGGGCAAAGUUGUGCUGAUUGCAAUUGGCAUUAACGGUCUCAAUUUCCUCUUUAAAUCAUGCGGUUGGGUGUACUCUGGUUCGCACAGCAUGUUUGCCGAGAGCAUACACUCGCUGGCCGACACAAUAAACCAACUCAUUUUAGCUUAUGGCAUACACAAGUCGACACAAAUGGCCGAUUCGGACCAUCCUUAUGGUUAUAGUAAUAUGAAGUAUGUUUCUUCGCUCAUUUCGGGUGUUGGCAUAUUCUGUGUGGGCGCUGGCUUAUCGGUGUAUCACGGCAUAACAGGUCUCAUGCAUCCCGAACCCGUAGAGAAUUUCUUCUGGGCUUUCUUCAUACUGGGCGGUUCGCUGGUGUCCGAGGGUGCCACACUCAUUGUGGCGCUGAACGAAUUACAGCGCGCCGCUAAGUGUAGCGGUGUGUCCUUCAAGGAUUAUGUAUUGAGUGGCAAAGAUCCUUGUGUUAAUGUGGUGCUAACUGAGGACGCUGCGGCUGUAACCAGCGUGGCUGUGGCAGCUACUUGCAUGGGUCUCACUUCAAUUACCGGCUUGCCAGUGUUCGAUGCUGUUGGCUCGUUGUUGGUGGGUGGUAUUUUGGGCGCUGUAGCCUCCUUUAUUAUCUACACAAAUGCCACGGCGUUGGUGGGCAAAUCAAUAUCGGAAGAUUUGUUGAAUAAGAUAAACGCUGAGCUGGAAAGCGAUGUGAUGAUACGCGCCAUACACGAUGUCAAAGGCAUUGAUAUGGGCAAUUCUUUAGUGCGGUACAAGGCCGAAAUGGAUUUUGAUGGCCGUGAGUUGACGCGCUCAUAUUUGGAUAAACAGGAAUUGAACGAUCUCUUGAAGACGGUACAAUCAUUCCAGAAAGUUGAAGAACUGGAGGAGUUUCUAUUGAAGCACGGCGAGAAUAUUGUUGACCUCAUGGGUGGCGAAAUUGAUCGAAUAGAAAUGAAGCUAAGGAAAAAAUUCCCCGAAAUACGGCAUUGUGAUCUAGAGAUUUUGUAAACUGCUUAAUAAGUCUUAUAUUUAACUUUACUUUAGUGUGUAAAGCGCAACGCAUGGCUCAUGGUCAAAACGUCAGGUUCAAACAUACAUAAAUACAUAUGUACGUGUAUACUCGACAUGUUCAAUCUGCACGUGUUGUUGUGGUAACGUUCGUUGUAUAUAAGCGAAGAGUGCUACUUUUAUUGAUAUGGAAGCGCAAUUUGGACGCUAAAAACGUUAACUAAGUUUCAUGCUGUGAAACCACAAUAAUUUUAA